GGUCAGUAAGCUAUUUUGUUUUGCUUACAAUUUAAUGUGAUUGUUUGAGGUUCUUGUCGAGGUGGUAUUUUGAUGGAUUUUGAUUGUAUAUAUAAACAUGAAGCUGGGGUGUGCUGCAAGUAAUUUCUUGAAGAAUGUUAAGCGAUUUGGAUUGCGCUAUUCAUUAGAAUUAUCAGUCCGACACUAUGGUUAUGAAGCCAGUGGUAAAACAACAGUUACUAUAUUGAACAAAGAAUUGAGUCUGGGGUUAAUGGUAGAUUCAUUUAGUCAGCUUGGCUUUCGGCUGAACAAUGGAAUGAGUGUUCUCGGACCCAUGGCUAUCUUCCCACGCUCAGUUCUUAGUUGGAAUGUGGAGUCGUCCCGUGACAUCAACGAGGAUUCACUUUCAUUGUUUUUUGUACUAGAACCAAAAAUAGAUAUUCUUGUACUUGGCAUUGGAGACGAAGGAAACAACUUUCGUUUGUGGGAAGACUUGUACAGAACCAUACACAGGCACAAAAUUAACGUAGAAAUAUUGCCAACAGAACAAGCUUGCAGCACAUUUAACUUCCUCAAUGUCGAAGGUCGUUGUGUUGCCGCCGGCCUUAUCCCGCCAGUGACUCUGCGUCACAGUGACGAUGAUGUGCUACUGACCAAACUGAAUCAAAAAAGACUUUUUGAAUUAAAUGUGAUUGACGAUAAGUGACUCGCAGGAAACGAAACUAAGUAUAACACAGUUUGUUUUUCCAAGGUACUGAAAAAUUGGUUAUGCAUAGCAAACAAGAGAAGUGGUUAUCACCCAUUUUCAGGCUGUACUAACAGCUUAAAGGGAUUUGUGAUAUUGCUUUUGAUGCCUAGAAAGAGAUUUAGAAUUUAAAAUAAAAUAUUUAAAAUCAUUCAAAAAAUGUAAUUUUUGGGGAAUCAUUCAGUAAGAAGAUUGAGAGCAAGUAGCAGACUUAAUUGAUUUUAUUUUGUUAAAUGCACAAGCAGAUUGUAUUUAUAAACUUUUAAUUUAAGUGGUAAUACGAAUCAUGAGAUAAAAAUUAUACAAGUAAGUAUUUUAAAUAAUCAAAUUGUACGGUUAUGUUUAUUUGGGACAUAGGCUUUUUAUUUGUUGAACGUAUUUGGUUACUAUGAAUUGAUUCUGCUGGAAAACAGUGAUAAUUUCACUUUUUCAUAAAAGUGUAUGCACACCAUUCUUUACAUCUUCUCUCAGGCAAAGUUCAUAACUUUAGUGAGGCAGUUCCUCAUAAAAAAAAAAAGAUGGAAUAUAUACUUGCUAUCAGUGGCGUAGCGUGCCAUCUCGGCGCCUGGGGCGAAAGACCCAUUUUGCCGCCCCCAUUCUAUAGGUGCUUAAUUAAAAUUAAAUUUCACAUGCAAUGAGGUACCUUUUAUUGAAGUUAAAAAUAGGAUGAGCGGUUUUACAAGCGGAUUCUACGGGCCUUAUGAGCAGCGAAGUCAGAAAUAACUUUGUCAAAAUCAAUAUUAGCAGCCAAUUACUGUUCAAUCGACAAUAUAGCCAAGUUUGAUAGUCUAGCGGAGCUCAUAGUAGAUCUGAGGUAAUUUUUUAUUAGCUUCAACUUCGAAAAACUUCUCUCACACUUGCAACACUAAUCGCCAAAGUCAAAUAAUAUAUACGAAUCAAGAUGACUAUAUUUGGAACCGAAAUUCCGAGAUUCAGUUUUUGAAUGAACUGGAGGAGCUCCAGUGGUCCUUUACCACUUAUAUCUUCCUCUGAUUCAGAACAGGCAACAACAACAAACUGCUGAGUGCGAAAGAGAGGCAUCGACACGGGCCGACGCGUGAAACAAAAGAUUUUUUAUGGGUAAUUAACAUAAUAAGGAAUGCCGCUCAACUCGGCUCGCGGGCGCCGGGCGGCGCGGCGUGAUGCGAUGUUGCCGUUCGUAUGUAAACAAACAAACGUUAUAAAGAGCUCUGUCAGUGAUUUCGCAGUUUUUCUUUUAAAUAAAUAUUAAAAAAUAGUUGGUGCGCAAAAUUUUAGAUAAAAAUGGAACAUUAUAGUGUGUCUGACACAUGUAAUGAAUGAAUCAUAGAUCAGAUCUCAACCCGCUUCACCGGCGACCCGCCCCCGCGGGCUGCCGCCCGGGGCGGGCCGCCCCCUCCGCCCCACCCACGCUACGCCACUGCUUGCUAUCUUAUUAAUUUACCAUUCAAGGCAACUUAAAAUUUGAACUAUUAAUAAGGAACUUUUUGGAAAUCAUGGAAUCUGUUGGAAUAAUUUUAAGGAAAAUGAAGAUUAAAAAUUUGCAAGACUGGUUAGUAAUGCCAUUCCCCUCUCACAGUGCCAAUGUGGGUUGACAACUGCCUUCCAGCCUAGUCACUACAAAGUGAAAAUUACUGUCAACUCUGCUCAAGAAACUACAAGUUCGUAAGUUGUAAUGUGUGUUGCAUAUUUUUUUCCUAUGUUCAACAUUGUAAGCACCAAUCACUGAAUACAUUUGUAAUGGUUUUGCUAUUUUAAUGCAAAGGAAUAAUUUUUUUUAAUAUAAUAGAACUGCAUAUCUAUCAAGCAAAUGAUCAGUAAGUACAUACACUAGUACAUUUUAUAAUUUAUUUUUCAUGAAGAAUCAUCACGUAUCCUGAAUACCCCAAAAAGGACCAUUGCUGUACUUGUAAGUCAACACAAUGAAACAAUAAACCAAUAGUCUUCACAUAAAAGAGUAAAGUGCCAGUGUUCAAAACUGUAGUGAUAAUCACUCUUAAUGUUUACUUUCAUAAAUAAUUCAACAAAACAAUGUUUAUACAAAAUAUAUUUCUUCAAAAUGAUGCACAUACAUAUUUAUUAUAUAGACACAAUCAAAUUCAAUAUUAGAAAUAGAAAGAUUGUAUCUAAAACCAACAUUUUAAAAAUAAAUAUAUAUAAUUUGCAUUAGCGGUGGUAAAACAAAUAGUUUUUGUCAUAAUGUUAACUGCAGCUGGUACAGGAAACUUUUUUUUUAAGAUUUUUCAAAGUCGAGACUUAAAAAUUGACAUACUGUAAUGUGGGUAUACUUUGCACCUACAGGGGUAACAUUGUACUAUACUCAAAAAUAUUUAUAGUAUAUUGGUGGGCUAACAAUAAACUAAACUAUUUGCACCAAUUGAGUAAAUCCGAAACCUUUUUGAGAGCAUAUUUUGCAACCAUGUUGGUAUAUCUAUGACUUCGAUAUCUGUCAAACUGUCAGCUGUUAUGUCAGCUGUUGAAAGAGAUUUUUUUUUCUGGCCAACAAUACACUGCAGAACUUUCCAUCUCCAUAUGUUGCAAAAAAAAGUAAUUAUAAUGUUAUAUUAUUCUUUAAUUCACCCUCCACAAGGAUAAGUAUAGUUACAUUUCGCAAGAAGUCGCUAAAAUUUACUAUGAGCAAAUUUUGUAAACAUGUUCAUUUUUGAGGUUAUGUCAGGUUACAUUGGAACAAACCAAAAAAUUAGAUUUUAUUUAAAAUACAUAAGAUAUAUAAGUAUGUAGAAACACCUUUAAAACAAUACAGUAGAAUCCCGCUGAUGCGACCCCUCACGGUUUCCGGAAAAACGGACUUAUAAACGGAAUGGUCGCAAUAGAGAAUUCGGGCCAAUUUUACCACCCCCCCCCCCCCCCCCCCUAAAAUUAUAAAGUGAAUUUGCGUCACGCGAGUUCGGCUAUGCUAGCCGGCUGGUUGUUAUUUUCGUUCAAAACGUGGCGAAGGAACUUGUGUGGAUCAGGUAGAAAACAUUUGGCUAUAAACGAAAGAUAUAAGAACAAUGCUAUCCUGAAAUGCUGUGCCAUGUUUUUGGAGUAGAUAAUCACAGCGACAGACUGACAGGAUGCGCUCCCGCCCUCCCAUCAGCGAUAUUUAUUUUGACAGCUCAAGCAAUUAUCUUUUCAACAUCCCUUCACAGCGUAAAAUAAAAAAAAUAAAAAAACACGUGUGAACGGGUAAAUGAGGGGAAGGAGAGCGGAACUGCUGGCUGCUCACGCAUCUACUCGCCAGUCGCCACUGUCUGGCGGUGCGCGCGCGCGUGCGUAUGUGCGCGCGCAUGUGUGUGUGAGGCUGGCGACCAGCAGCAUCGUUAGCUAGCGAGUCUGUGACGGUAAAUGUCUACCUUGACCACUUCCGCUUACUGCAGGGCUCGCUAUUUUUUAUCUCUGUCUCCCCCUCCCACAAAUAUAUUGGCUGGCAGGUCUCGCCCUCUUCACCUUCUUUAUCUUAUCUCUCACACACACUUGAAGCACCUAAUACGUCGCGUCCCUCAAAUUUUUCAAUUUCAAAUUGCUGCCUUCCUUCUGUACUGCAUUUAUAAUUUCUUCUCUCUUUUUAAGAAUCGUGAAGAGAGUAGACUUCGGAAUGCCAUAUUUCUGUGCUAUCUUCGUCUUGGAAAUUGUCUUCUUAUCCACUUGCUGGAUAUCCUCAAUUUUUCAUUAGCGACAAACUGGCUCGCUUUAUACUCAUUUUCACGAAUCUACGAGUCCGUGUAAAUUGAAAAACGAGUCACAAUCGUCAAACGGGACCGGGACUGGGACGGCAAUAGACGCGCGCGUAGAUGCUAUCAGGUGAUGCACGCAGUUUACCGGUAUUGGCUAGCGUGGAUAGUCUAGAGGGGUGGUAUCUAUUUUUAGCCGUCUUUUGUCUGCCUGCUUACAGUACAGCGCUCGCCAAGAUAAACGUGAACACACAGCGCCCGACAAAGUGUAACAGACUUGUUUUUCAGCCGAUUUUACUCAAAUUUUCGACUUUCUCUGCUUAAAUUUUUCACGGUUCCUCAAAAAACGGUCGUAUAAACGGAAUGGACGCAUCAGAGGGGGGUCACAUCGGCGGGAUUCUACUGUACAUACAAUUAAUAAAUUUGUUUAUAAAUUGUUUUAGACAUGGGCAGAAAAUACACUAGACAGUCUUGUUCUCGUUAAUAUGCAGACUACUCUUCUGCUACUCCUGCCUGAAAGAAAUCAGAAGUGGACGGAUCACUCGGAGCUGCAGCUCUUAAGUACAAAAUUCCUAGACGCACUAUCACAAACAAACUAAAGGGCAAGUACACUAACAAAGUAGGUAAACCAACUUUUCACAGCAGAAGAGGAAGUGGCCUUCGUUGAAUGUAUAAUUGUGAAGAGUGUGUAUGGUUUUCCCUAUGACACAGAACUAUGUUACAUUGUUCACUGUUAUCUUGCAAAAUUGGGGAGGACAGUUCGCGCUUUCAGAAAAAACAUCCCUGGAAAAAAGUAGGCAAAGAGUUUCCUAAUGCGACAUCCACAGCUGACCGUUCAUUUUGCUGCGAACAUCAAAAAAAGUAGAGCAGCUGUAGAUGAGAUCAUUCUGAAGGAAUGUAUUUCCACUAUUGUAGAAUCUUUAAGGAUGUUGACCCCCUCUAAUGUGCAUAACUAUGACGAAACAAACCUAACAGACAAUCCAGGGUCAAAGAAAGUGUUUACGAAACGAGGUAUGAAAUAUCCUGAAGCUAUCUGUAAUGCAUCUAAAGCCAGUAUUUCGAUUAUGAUGUGUGCAAGUGCUACUGGUGAAUUACUUGCACCCUUUGUUGUAUAUCGAUCAAAACACUUGUGGUCAACAUGGACUGAGAGUGGGCCUCAGAAUACACAAUUUGGGAACUAGAGUUCAGGAUGGUUUUAUUCAGAAAUGUUUGAAUUCUGGUUUAUGAGUGUAAUUUUGCCAGUUUUGAAGAAGGAAGAGAAAAAGGUGUUGAUAGGGGACAAUCUUCCUUCACACAUGACUGGAACUGUAAGAGGAACAAUACUUCCUUUAUGUGUUUACCACCCAAUAACACCCAUCUUACCCAGCCAUUAGAUGUGGCAUUCUUCCAUCCCAUGAAGUGUGAAUGGAGGAAGAUUUUACAUGAGUACAAAUGCAGUCCAGCUGGAUUAUCAAGCAGUGUUUAGCAGAAACAGGACUUUCCUAAACUGUUGAAGACUUUGAUGGACAAUAUGGCACAAAAUGCAGAGGAAAAUUUGAAAUCUGGUUUUAGAAAAUUUGGAAUUAUACCCUGUGAUUUUUUGCCCUUGCUUGAACAUUUACGUACCAGGCCAUGUUUCUGAUUGUUCUGUAAUUGAAGGAAUUUUUAAGUCAUUUUUUGAGAAAAAGAGAGCAGAUGCUACAUUUUCAGGAGUGCGCAAGAGAAAGUUAAAAGUGUCUGUUGAUGCUGGGAAGAAUCUUGCUGCUGAACUUCAUUUGGACAUGUCUAAUUCUUAAAAUAUUCCCAACAUCUUUUCAUAUUCUAUGCCUAAGAAAAGAGCAUUGAACAAACACAUCAUAAGUUCAGACUUUACACUUGGACUCUGAUGAUUCUUUUUCCAUUCACAAUGAGUCUAAAAGCUCAGAAAAUUCUUCUGAUGUUGAACAAGAAGAUCCUGGAGAUGGUAUAAAUGAGAACAUAGAUCUUGCGCUCAAGCCAAUCAAGAAGAAGAUUGGGACAUUUGUGGUGUUUUCUUAUGAAGAUGAGUUGUACACUGACAAGAUCAUACAAUUUAAUGACGAUGAAGAUAUUAUUUUGUCCAUGCAAAAGUCAUCUUCUAACUGGAAGUGGCCAACAAAUCCAUACAAACUGUCUUAUAAAUGGGAUGCCAUUCUUGGGUCAAUAAACCCUCCUAAACCUGAAACAGAACCUGUUACAGAACUGAGUUAUCAUGGUGUUUGGAAGUUUUAAUUGUACCAUACCAGCUCCUGAUAAAUAUUACAAAUAUUAAAUUAUUAAUGAUAAGAAGUUAUUGUUCUUGUGGUUUGUUUAGUGACUCGUAGAAUUAUGAGGUUUUGUAUCAUACUGGGCUGGUUUUGAUGGAUGUACCUAAUGUCUUGCCAGUAUAGAGUCAUUAUGGUCAAAAUGAGUGUGCUGAAAUGAGAAUGGAGCAUUGUUAAAUUGUUAGUUAGCAGCUUGCUGCAAACAUCAGCCACAUUUUCCCUUUUGAAAUAACUUGCUUACUGUCCUCCCCACUUUCUAACAUUGUUUACAUUAAUUUAAGGUUUUUAAAUUUUUUUUUAUUUCUGAUGGUUUGAUUGAUUUACUGUUAUUAAGUCAUUUAAGGUGUUUUUACCUAUUUUUGCUUACUCGCUUCUUAAGUUAUUAUGUGCUUUCACGUAUUUAUUCUGUAUUAUUUCUUAUUUGCUUUGGUGCUAUGACUAAUGCAAUAGUUUGCUAGUUAUGUAAGCAUUGGAGAGAGACAGAGGUACUUGUGUGUGGAAAAGACUCGUUGAAAUGCUGUUGCCAUGCACCAGUACAGUAUUGGCUGAUGUUUUUGUGUGCCUUUUUUUGUGAUCGGUAGGAAAUUACGUCACACGAGAGCCCUUGGCCCAUGGAGGACGAAAGGACGAUCAUGGAGUCAGUCAGCAUUUGUACAAGGUACCAAGAGGUGGCUCGUCAGGCAGUGGCUCAAAUUUAACAAAGAAUGUAGUAGAAAGACAAUUUUGCAGUCAUGAUUAGGACACUACUGUUUAUGUUCAACAUUUUUUGGUAGGAACUUUUAAUUGGAGAUUUUGGCCAUAAGUCACUGAUAACAGUCUUCAAGGAUGAUAAAGUAACUCCGUCAUUGUUCCGAAGACAGAGGGGUUAUACUGUGAGUUGCAAGCAACCACAGGAUUUACUUAUAAACUGUAUAUAAUUUUUAAUUUUCGGUGACCACGAACAGUCAACUUAUGUUUUAGAAUCGGUGCAGAUGUUUUGUGCAACAAGUUUGCAUUUUCGACAUGCACUUAUUUUCGUGGUUAAAGAUGGUGGACAUUGUGAAUAGUGAAUUUUUGUGAAGGUUAAAUAAAAACUUUAAAAAUGA